GGCUGAAUGAGUAGCUGAGCAGAGUGAGACAGACGGUUGGAUAAGAGAGAGCUUGUGUUUUGUAUUUCUCGUGACCUUUUAAAAGUAAGCAACAGGAAACAUAUGUUAUAAAGGAUAUUAUCUCCUUAUACUCUAACCGCCAGGAUUGUGCUACAUGAAGUUUGUACUCAUCACCUGUUGAAGACGUAGAGAAUGCUGCUCAGGUUGUGUAUUUGCAGCCAGAGCCUGUCCUGAAUGUGUUCGACAGCCAACUAUGUUCUCCCACUGAGGAGAACCUGUGAGGUCUUAGCUACUCCAAGCAGGGUGUGUGGGGGAGUACCCAUGCCAUCAACUUUCCCUGGAGCCAGGCCACAUGGAGCUCCUCAGGACACAGAGAUGGAUGUGGCUUGGCAGGAACUGAUGGCCCUCUCAGAGUUGCAGGAGUUUGAAGUCCCUGGUGAAGGCUAUGAACCAACACAAUACCAAACCAUGGAGCCCAUGGUCUCUAUGAGAGGGUACGGUACAGCUCAGACUCACUCGGCGUCUCCUCCUACUGCAUGUGAGCUCAUCUCUGCUGACACGUACAAUGGAUGUUACUCUGAAGAGGUGCCCGUGUGUCAUCAUCAAGGCAACAACGCAGAGGCAACGUACGGACACUCUGAAUAUCAGCUCAAUGAAAGGAUGCACCUAGUAUCCUCUCAAGCACUGCCCUCGCUCACGGCUCAUAGGGAACAGAUGAACAUGUCAGGGAACAGUCAGGGGCACAGGAGAGCCAGCACUUUCUUCUCUCAGGGUCCAAGUCAGCACAUGCAGUGGACUGCACACGGACAAAAUUCACAUCUUCGCUCGGCUGAUGACCUGGAGUCAGACUCCGGUCUGUCUCUGGGUUCUAGUCCACCUUUGGCCUCCCCCGAUAAUCCAGCUGGUGGUGUUCCUGGUCGCCAGAGUUUAGAUAGUGGCAUGACAUAUAGUGAUGGUGACGCAGACGGCAUGACGGAGCAUGCCAGAAGAGCACACGUCCAUUACUCAGUGGACUAUCAGAGUCAAUCUCAAUCAUAUUUACACUCAGGUGCACAUCAGUCUAAUUUUUCACCCCAGGCCACUUCGUCCAACACACAAGCUGAUGCCCUGACUCUGCGGUCAGUGAAGCAGCAUGGCCAGGCCGCUGUUCUGAAUUACAUGAACAGUGACUUUGGAGUGUCCAGCAGAGGGAGCUCACAGUACAACAUCUACACAAAACCACAAGGAAGCGCCUCCAUUCCUGCACCACUGAGCAGGGACGAGCGGCGGGCAACGUCCUUGAAGAUUCCCUUCCCCAUGGAGAAGAUUAUCAAUCUACCUGUGGAUGACUUCAAUGAGCUCCUGACACAGUACACUCUGACAGAUUCUCAACUGGCACUGGUCAGGGACAUCAGGAGGAGGGGCAAGAACAAGGUGGCUGCUCAGAAUUGCAGGAAGAGGAAGCUCGAGAGCAUAGUUCAUCUUGAACGAGAACUGAACCAGCUGCAUGGCCAAAGAGAGCACUUGGCACAGGAAAGGCUGGAAUUCCAACACAGUUUAGCCUUCAUUAAGUGUCGCCUUACAGACCUCUACACUGAAGUAUUCUCUCACUUGCGAGACGAAGCUGGACAACCAUACUCAAUAGAUGACUACUCCCUGCAACAGACGCCGGAUGGUAAAAUUUACCUGGUACCUCAUACAACCAUGUCAAAGAGAGAGCAGUGCUAAAGGGACUCGUCAUUUAUGCUCCUGCAGGUUUUGUCUGAGUGUGCCAACUGUGACUGGAAGUUACAUACAUAAGUUCAUGCGGUUGCAGUUUUGCCUUAACCCUUAAAUCUUGCCAUAGAUAUAACAAAAUGACAAAAGACUGAAACCAGAACACGUUAUAAAAAAUACUUUAUUUAAAAACUCUUUAAAAAAAAAACGACACUGCACAGCAGUUAAAAAGUGUAAAAAUUCUUCAGCACCAGCAUGACGGCCCACAGAAACCUGUGAAGAGGAAAAAAAAAAUCAGGUUGAAUGGAAACAAAAAAAAAAAACUGAACUGAAAGUGAUGUGCAACAAAUGAAGGAUUUAUACCUGAUUGAGCCAAUGUCAUUACAAAUGAAUCCACGACAUGGAUUGGGGACCGAGCGAGGAGUUACCUGGAAAGCAGAAAUACCAAAUAAGUAAAAUGCAAUCUUCCCAAAAACAAUUGUUUAUUUUAAUAAUCAGCAUGCAAAUUGUUGUAGGACCUCGCUGCACAAUUAAGAGGCCAAGUUUACCAGUCAAUGGUAUAAGUCAUAAUAAAAACUUUUGCACAAAAUGUUACUUCAUUAUUGGGCUACACAUCUCUCUACCAGCUACAUGACAAAAGCAAGAUAUUACUAUCAGUAGUUGAGAAGUCUGGUCUUACCUACAGACAGCACUUAAGCCUUUUGGUAGACUGCUGCCUGCUAGUCUCAGGCUUCUGUUCUCACUCUCCCCUGCUUCAAUGAUCCUGGCGGUGGUUUUGCUACUUCUCUCCCUCAGCUGGCUUCCAUGGCUAGCCUCAAAGACUUUGCAUGUAAGCUAGCAGCCUCCAGGUGAUCUUUGCAGAACUCAAGUCUGUACCAAGUGAUGGGCUCCUAAUGAUGGUGCUUCUCAUUCCUCAACCCGUGUUAUAUUGGUAUUUAAGUGAAUCUACCAUUUAUUCAUGUGUAUGUGUUGCAUAGCAUGUGAUAUCUUUUAUGUCUCAGACUUCUCCAGACUCCUCGUAGUGUGUAGAAUAUAGAGCACCCCACCUCUGCCACACAUCAUCCAAUAACAAACACUCCCUUUCCCAAUGCACUGAAGAGGCUAACAAGAUGUUUAAAAAAACUGAAUGUUGGUUUAUUUCAGCUUGGUUUGAUGCAGUUACAAAUAAAAACCAGACUCAAAGAAAAAUCUACAUAAAACCUUGUUGGAAUGCUUGCUUUCCAGAAACACAUGAUGAAAA